AUGGGAUCAUGGCAGACGAGUGCGGACCAAGCGUUUGGUGAAUUGCGUCAACGGGCGGAAGGUACGGCAACAUCAAUCGAUGCUGUAUCGAAGCGGGUUGAUCUCGCUGCGUCGCGCAUGGAUGCUCUGGAGGCGCGACUAACGAUGGCUCCCACACUGAUUCCAACGGCGCAAGCAACACCAGGUCCGAAGGUCGUCGACCUCAACCUAGCUCUGGGUUCGUCUUCGAGCGUCCCUGCUCGAGGCGAGGAGCAGCCCAUGGGGCCCGGCGAACACUGUGGCGGGCUCCACAGACCCCGGCCGCAGGACAAAACCAAGGAUACGUUCCAUGAUUCGCCCCCUGUGUUCGUUCUGCCUGAUGAUGUUCCUUAUCAGCGCUCCCCACCUUUUCCUAAAAUGGAUUUUCUGAAAUUUGAUGGUGAAUUUCCCCGUUUGUGGCAGGAUCAAUGCGAGGUAUACUUCGAGGUUUAUGCGGUUCACCCAUCUCUGAAGACUCGUUUCGUCACUCUCAAUUUCAAAGGGGCAGCAGUGACAUGGCUUCAAACUGUUCAGAGGACAGGAAGGAAUGUGGACUGGGACAGGCUGUGUGAGUUUGUAAUGGAGAAAUUUGACAAACAUCAGUACCAGCACUUGCUGAAGAAGUUUGAGGCAUUAAGGCAGAAGAGUUCAGUUGAGGAAUAUCAGGCUGAGUUUGAAAGGUUGGCUCAAGGACUCGUUCUGUAUAACAGUGGCUAUGAUGAUACAUACUUCGUGACUCAUUUUGUGGUCGGGCUCAAGGAUGAGAUUCGUGCUGCAAUUGCACUGCAUCGGCCUAAAGAUGAGGAAGAGUUGUCUCAAAGCCGAUCACGCUCAGGUGGAAAGGAGUUCAGUAAGAGUUCAUGGAGACAAGGUUUGGACAAACACAAAGCUGGAGAUACUGAUAAAGGCAAGCUGAGUCAGCAGAAGACUGAAUCUGAGGAUAAGCUAUCUGCACUCAGAGACUUUAGGAGAAAGAAUGGGCUCUGUUUUAAGUGUGGCACUAAAUGGAGCAACACUCACAAGUGUCCACCUCAGGUGUCAAUACAUGUUAUUGAGGAGCUAUUGGAUGCUCUGGAAGCUGGUGAAGAAUCUGUUGUUGAUAUAGGUGAGGAAGAAGAAGAUGAGCAGGAUGAGACAGUGUUGGCAGUGGGUCAUGAUGUCACCACUAGAGCUCUCAAAAGAAGAACUAUGAAGCUGUGUGGCAAGAUUGGCAAAACUAAUGUGCUGAUUUUGGUUGACUCAGGCAGUGUGGGGACUUCAUUAGCCAACAGCUAG